GGAACCAGACUCCUUCCCCUUCACACUUCCUGAUCCGGCUAGCAGAGGGGAGUGGGUUCUCUUGGCCUCUCACCCUUCUUCCUUCCUCAUCUCCUUCCGAGGAAAGGGGAUUUUUGCCUGAAGAUUUUGGAGUCGAGCCUGUUGAGGGAUUUCUUUCCCUUGAGAGAAGGGGGAGGAAACGCACCUUGGAUACGGUUGGGUUCUUCAUCAAAGAGUGGCUCCAACAUGGAGAGACCCAACUCACCUGGACCUGAAGCAGGCAAGGCCUCCGGGAGCAGUGGGGAAUCCUGGGAAAGAACUACGCAGACGUUCCUGAAUACAAAUAUACAGCCCCAGCGCUUCAGGCAUUCCUCCUUCCGAGAGGGCGAGGGACCCAGAGAGGUUUGCAGCCGCCUCCACUCUCUCUGCCGCCAGUGGCUGAAGCCAGAGCAACACACCAAGGCGGAGAUGCUGGACCUGGUGAUCCUGGAGCAGUUCCUGAGCAUCCUGCCCCCAGAGAUGGGGAGCUGGGUCCAAGAGUGUGGGGCAGAGACCUCUUCCCAGGCGGUGGCCCUGGCGGAAGGCUUCCUCCUGAGUCGGGCAGAGGACGAGAAGCAGGAAGGACAGGCCCAAAAUAACUGCAUGGAAGUCCAGCCUGAUGUCCCUUCAUCAGAAAAGCCUCACUCGGACACCACGCAGAGCCUCCGGCAGAAGGAGCUGAAGCAGGAAGGAGAGGAAGGAGAGGAAGGAGAGGGGGCUGCAGCCUGGCAGGGGGCUGGAAUGAGGUUGUUGCUGAAUCCUCAGUCGUUUUGUGAUGGAGUGGAAGUGAAUCAGGGCCCAAUUGCCUUUGAGGAGGUGGCUGUCCCUUUCUCCCCGGAGGAGUGGGUUCUCCUGGAUCCUGAUCAGAAAGCCUUGCACAUGCAGAUCAUGGAGGAGAUUCGUGGGAUGAUGGACUCUCUUGCAGAUAACUGGAAGAAGAGCAAUGUGUGCACCAAACACAGGACGCAUUUGGGACACCAUGGGGACCUUCCUAGACACCAGGAAACUCAGAGUGAAAAUGGAGAUUCUGCCAGAGAAAGGCCCUACAAAUGCAAUGUAUGUGGACAAUGUUUUACGCAAAAUAUGGGACUUAGACUUCACAAGACACUCAGUGCUGGAAGAAGCCAUUGUAAAUGGAGAAUAUCAGCAAAAUGUAUUGCUGAUUACGAAUCGCCACAUCAAAGCCAAGAAGAAAUCUUUCAAAGAACUGACGAUAUCAUAAGCCAAGAGUGUGGGACAUCUUUGAUGCAGAGUUCACACUUGAAACAUGAGCGAUUUCACACAGGACAGAAACCAUAUAGAUGCCAGGAGUGUGGAAAGUGUUUUCCUUCCAGUUCACAACUGAUGAGGCACAAAAAGCUUCACACAGGAAAGGAAGGGUACAAGUGCCAGAAGUGUGGGAAAUGUUUUACUCAGAAUACACAACUUAUAGACCAUGGGAGAUCCCACACAGGAGAGAAGCCAUACCAAUGCCAGGAGUGUGGGAAAUGUUUUAGUUACCAUUCACACUUGGUGAGGCACAAAAGAGUCCACACAGGAGAGAAGCCAUACCAAUGCCAGGAGUGUGGGAAAUGUUUUGCUUCCACUUCAAACUUGGUGAGCCACAAAAGGCUCCACACCGGAGAGAAACCAUACCAAUGCCAGGAGUGUGGGAAAUGUUUUGCUGACCGUUCACACUUGGUGAGACAUAAAAGUGCCCACACAGGAGAGAAACCAUACCAAUGCCAGGAGUGUGGGAAAUGCUUUGAUUACCCUUCACACUUGGUGAAGCACAAAAGACUCCACACCGGAGAGAAACCAUACCAAUGCCAGGAGUGUGGGAAAUGUUUUGCUUCCACUUCAAACUUGGUGAGCCACAAAAGACUCCACACCGGAGAGAAACCAUACCAAUGCCAGGAGUGUGGGAAAUGUUUUGCUUACCCUUCAGACUUGGUGAGCCACAAAAGACUCCACACAGGAGAGAAACCAUACCAAUGCCAGGAGUGUGGGAAAUGUUUUUCUGUCCGUUCAAACUUGGUGAGCCACAAAAGACUCCACACAGGAGAGAAGCCAUACCAAUGCCAGGAGUGUGGGAAAUGUUUUGGUCGCAGUUCAGUCUUGCUGAGGCACAAAAGACAGCACACCGGAGAGAAGCCAUACCAAUGCCAGGAGUGUGGGAAAUGUUUUGCUUGCCGUUCAGACUUGGUGAGGCACAAAAGACUCCACACAGGAGAGAAGCCAUACCAAUGCCAGGAGUGUGGGAAAUGUUUUGCUCACAGUUCAGCCUUGGUGAGCCACAAAAGACUCCACACAGGACAGAAGCCUUAGAAAUGCCAGAAGUGUGAGAAAGGUUUUGCUUUCCCCACACCCACAAAAAACUACAAAAAGGAUAGAAAGGUUAAAUGAUCCAGCAGUAUGGGAAAUGUUUUAUUUAAACGUCCUCCAAUAACAAGCACUAGAGAAUAUACACAGGCUAAAAACAUACAAAUGCAGGCAUGUGGGAAAUGUUUUAGUUGAGCUUCUUACCUUUUGAACUAUCACAGACUACAUACAGGAGAGACAUCAUCCAUAGAGUUGGGACAAAAUUAAUAAAAUGUUUUGCAACAUGGAAAUGGCAGAUGAAAUAGCUUCCAGUAACACUUGGCUUGAGUCCAAUUUCUUUGACAAUUUUCUUCUUAGUUUCAUGCUACCUGUGCUGUAUUCUGCCUUGGUCAGACCACAUCUGGAACCACACUGUGUCCAAUUCUGGGCACUGCAAUUGAAGGGAGAUGUUGUGUAGCUGGAAUGUGUCCAGAGGAGGGCGACUCAAAUGAUCCAAGGGUCUGGGGAACAAGCCCUAUGAGGAGUGGCAUGAAGAGCUGGGCAUGUUUAGCCUGAAGAAGAGAAGGCUGAGAGGAAACAUGAUGAGGGCCAUGUAGAAAGAUGUGAGGGAAAGUUGUCAGUGUAUGGUUUUUGUAUGAUGUGCGUUUAAAUGUAAUUUUAUGUAAUAGGAUUGUGAUUGUAAAAGGAUUGUAUUGCCAGAAUGUAUUCUGACACAGAAGGGUUAAACAGCAGAGUUAGCAAGCUGUGAAGAUGUGACCCUGAGUUCUUGCCUU